GGUAUUGCAAGCAUAUGCGCGCCGUGCCUUGGCUAGCUGCAUAAGUUGUAUGUCUUUCCGCAGUACAGGGCUAUUGAAAAGCGCAGGGCACGGGGUUGCAUUGCUUGCACGCACCGGAGGCUAGAACUUUGAACGUGUGGGCUCAUAAUCACUUUGUGGGAUCACGGUACUGCUUAAGCCAUAGGAUUUCGCGUACUGGGUCCAGACUCCGGAUAGUGUGACCGGCCAGAGCAUGCGUACGGCGUUGGGAGUUCUGAUGAUGAUCUGGUGCUGGUGGCUACUUGUCGGCGUUCUUGCACACCGCUAUGCGAACUUCACCACCGUUGCCGCAGGCAGCUUGCGCGGGCGCAAGUUGAGACUGCGACGCGCGUUGCCCUCCACGCCCCCCUCCUGAUAGUUAGCAUUGCUUCUGUGCAUGGAAUGACUGUGCAUGCACCGCACGGCACCACAGCAGUUCGCGCCAGCUCUAUGUACCAACAUAUGGCGGGUGAGGUCAGCAGGUGUCUAGCACUAGCUUCGUUAACUGGAUACCGUAUGCGUGGCUUUGGGGCCCAGUGCGCCUUUCUGUCAGCGCGCUUACUGUUUGUGUUUGAGGCUUUGCAUGUGCUUCCCAUAUGCUGAUGCAUGGUGUUAUACUGCGACACACAUGGCUGCAAAUGCGCAGGAGUGGCAGCCGGGGUCUGGACAAUGCGUAUCAGCGACUGUUUGUUUACUGGAGGGCCCCAACCGUCCCGGCACGAGCGAGCAUCCAAGAGCCGUGUUGCCAGCAUUGGGGGGCCCUGCACUGGACUGCUAAGUUUGCACCACGUGGAUAGGUAGGCAUGAUUGCAUACGACUAGCCCGUAUGGUACGGCAUGCCUUGCUGGCUUGACAAGGCUGCAGGCAUAGCUUGCUAUUCAGAUGACAUGAUGGGGGGCGCAAGGUAAUGGUUAAGAGCUUCCUUAGAUGCGUUUGAUGUGAGGAGCUUCAAGGUCUCCCACCCCCUGCCAGGGCAGGGAAACGUACGGGAGAAAGCUGGGGCAUUCCUGCAACUCCGCGCGGCCAGGGAUGCUGCCACACAUUACCGUAGUCAUGGCGCAUGGUGGCUGGCGGGGUGGCAGAGUGGCCCUAGCAGACACUGGAAUGAUUAUCCGCAAUUAGCCAUGUGGCCUCAUAACCGUGGAAACGCGACCCAAGAUGCCAACAUCUGUGUGGUGAUGAUGGUGCGUGUCGCGAUGGGCAGUAUGGGGAUGCAGGUAUGAGCGAGGAUGGCAAGGCACGGCAUGGUGAAGCUGGAAAGCGGGAUCGCUGCUGAUGCACCGGCAGCACCUGCAGUGCGCUGCGCCAUCGUCGUCCUGAAGCACCUGUGUCACGAAUGAUAUGCAGUGGUUCGGGACGAAUUGUUUCAAGUAAGUUUGUUUCGAAUGCCGGACGUGGUUGUGGUCCGAGCAAGAGGUCAUGCGCCACGUGUAUAGUGUCAGGUGGUGCACUGAUCACAUUGCUCGGACCACCCAAAGCUGCGCUAGCUAGACUGCAUCGCGGGAUGGAUUCAGGCGGUCGGCGCCACGGCGAAACGUGCCGCUGCUAGAAGUUCUCUGCCAUAGCGAGGUGGUGUUCGCGGCAUCACUUCAAACUGAUGACGUGCGUGGAAGGAGCCUGCAGAGCUAGCAAGCAGCUUUUCGCGUGGCGCAGGGUUGCGCGCCCUGGGGGUAGCUGUAGUAGCUGAGGGGCUGGGUCAAGAACAUUGCACACCUCAAGUGGGUUUGGGGCGUUUGUUUGGUGUGCGGGCGAGACAUGUCUGCAAGGCGCUUGUCGUUCGUGCAUACUGCGUUUUUCCGCGUGACCAUGCGUGAGCGAUACACUCGCGCAUGCGACAGUCUGCCGUGUGAUUGGCACACGUGCGCCGAGAUGACAGGCGCUGGGGGCCCAACGGCGUGCCGCUGUGCCGCCGCCACUACAGCCGCUGGAACAACUGGAAGCGGGCUGGCAAGCACGCCGAGCUGGCGGACGCCCUGCGCAAGGCCAAGGCCAUGGACCUGGCCAGCGACAGCGACAGUGACGUCGAGAUUGUGGACAGUGACAGUGACGUGGAGAUUGUGGGCGGCUAGCCAGCCGACACGUGGUGCAUCCAGUACAAGGUGCCAUGACUCGUUAGUGAGGGUUCUGGAUGCAUGCAUGAUGCGACUGAUGUGCGGGGGCAAAGAAUGCUGCCAUGCUGAGAGCAGUAGCUGCAGCAGGAUGCGGGCAGCGGCAGAUUGAACCAGGUAUGAUGCAGACGACGCAGCACAGGGCCGGGCGGGGAAAGGAGUACCAGCCCAAAGGGCGGGGAUCGUGCCGUGCUGAGGGCUGUCGGCAACGGCGACGUACGGCUUGCUACCGUGCAUGCGCGAUGGGCCGACGGCCAUGUUUGUUGUUGCCAGGACACGCCCGUAUUGGCAGGCGUUUUGCAGGACGCAUUUGCAGCAGCGCUGGUGUGUACGGUGGUUGGACAAAGCGUUAAUGAAUACAGGAGUUGAGCAGAAAGCGUGAUUACAAUUCUGGGCACAAGCGGUCAUACCAGCAGCUGUUUGUGACUGGCAAGGGAACGGAAGAUGUCAGGCGUCACCCAAGUCAGAAUACCGUACGGGGCGCAUAAAGAUAGCUAAGUUCACGGCAACGCGGAGGUGGAUGGCUGGCGCAGAAAGCAGCGCAGAAUCAGGUAGCAACUGGUGGGUCGUUGGUGAAAUGGUGACUGACACGUUGGAGCAGGCGACAUUGUCGGACAUCGUGCAUUCGUGCAUGCAUGUCAGCCUGUGUGCCAGGACUGGGCUGAAUGGGUGGCACGGCGUGCGAAUUCUACGAAGACGACACGGCCACAGCCGCCACGCUGCUAGCUUCGUGCAACGCAUGGCCUGUCAAAAGGUCCAGUGCUGUAACACUGCACGGAC